AUGACUCAGGAAUCUUCCUUCAAUUACCGCCGGGCCCGUAUACAAGCAGCAUAUCUAUUGCCUUAUAUUCGUCCAGACUCACAUAUUCUCGAUGUCGGUGCCGGUUCCGGAAGCAUUACUCGGGACUUUGCGAAUCUCUGUCCACAAGGUCGAGUCGUUGGGGUUGACUGUGCCAUUGAGAUGGUAUUAUUUGCACAAAAAACACAUAUAGCCUACGCCAGCAACGACAACAAUGGCAGCGAAUGUCCGCGGCCCCAUAACUUAUCAUUCGAAGUUUGUAACGCUGAGGACCUCUCAAAAUUUCCGGAUGGAAGCUUCGACAUUGUGCAUGCUCAUACAUGCAUUACGCACGUCAAGAACCGAGUGGCCGCCCUUCGUGAAUUCCGUCGCGUGUGUAAAGUUGGCGGUGUGGUCGCAGUGCGGGAUCCAUUAGAUAUCGAAAAGCAAGUAGUGUGGAUUCCCGAUCUGCCUGCAAUGAGACUUCAUGGGCGUAUUGCUGCCAAGUUAUUGCGAGCCAAAGGAGGUCAUCCCGAAGCGGGCUCACACCUGGCUGACUGGGCACGCGAAGCUGGCUUCACGGAGGACGGCGGAAGAAUCACUGUGGGCUAUGGGGAGGAAAAGCAGACCAACAUGUUGAACAUCAUUGGAGCCGGCAUAGGCAAGGAGCAGGCCAUCAACCUUGGCAUUCUUACAGAAGAGCAGUUGGAUGAUUUUAACACAGCUUACGAGAUUUGGCAUGGGACUGAAGGUCACAUUUGCAUUGGCAAGGUUGCUGAGAUGCUGUGUUUCAAAUGA